AAUUAAUCUAGAUUAAAAAUAAUUUUUUUUUUUUGAAAAUGCGCUUUGUUUCCACUCCUAUUUUAACCUAAAUAUGGCCCUUGCAAAAAGAGCAUUCCACUCAUCAUGUCAAUUGUUAAAGAGAACUACCGAUCAUUUAACCACAAAGGACAACAAAAAGUUCAAACUCGUUUCUUUUCCUGAGCCACCAACUCUAUUACCCUCCCAAGUUGCUGAGGCCACUAAACUUUUUGCAAGACCUGUGAGCUUUAUUCAGAGUAUUUCACAAACAGAACAGGCCCCAGACCUCAUAAACCCAGAAGUCGCGUUUGUUGGCAGAAGUAACGUUGGUAAAUCCACCUUGAUCAAUAAUUUGACAAACAAUAGCAAGCUAGUAAAAACAUCAAACAGACCAGGUCAUACCAAAUUACUCAACUUUUUUGAUAUCGGACGUCAAUUGACAUUGGUGGAUAUGCCUGGCUAUGGCUACAAAUCAAAGGAAGAAUGGGGUGAAUUGAUUAUGGGAUACUUAUCUACACGUAAACAAUUAAAGCGCUUGUUUUUGUUGGUAGAUCCAGUCGCAGGAUUAAAAGAAACAGAUAAACAAUUGAUGAGCCAUUUGGAUCAACAAGCAUUAUCCUAUCAGGUGAUUUUAACAAAAAGAGAUCGAUUAUCGCAAGACGCCUUUCAAACUUCCAAAUUAUCUAUAGAAAAAUAUCUGAUUGAACACGCCAUUUGCUGUUAUCCUCAGGUUUUAGUCACUGGUAAAAGACGAACAAGCAAAUCCAACGACAAUGACAUGGUCGCUGAUGAAAUGGCUAAAGUAAAAUGGGCUAUUGUUAAUGCUACGGGUAUCGAGGUUCGUCCAUCCACACCACCAGUCAAGAAAUAA